GGGAACGCGGAAGUGAGGUGUUUGAGCAUCUUCCCCAGUCGCUGGUAUCUCAGGCGCGGUUUCACUGUGCAACAUGGAGGGCGGCGCGGAGGCAGCGGAGGCGGCGGUAGCGGCAGGUGUGCCGAACGGGAUCCGGGAGCGGCGAGGCCCGGGAGAGGCGGGGAGGCAGCAACAGCAGCAAAACCAUGAAGCGCGACCUCCGAUCGGAGCUCAGCCGCUUCCCAAACACUCGUACUGGCUGGAUCUGUGGCUCUUCCUCCUCAUCGACGUGAUGUUGUUUCUCUUCGUGUAUCUCUUGCCCUGGUGAGAGCCACGGGGCUUGCACCCGGGUCCUUGAGCAUUGCAACAUGUGUGCUCAACCAGAGUGGUCGGCCUGGCAUCUAACUUAAGACAUUGACUUCUGGACUGGAUUCUGAAACUGACUACAGACUCCUUGAACACAGAAGACAAAUGGAAUUGUACAGGAGAAGAAUUUCAAAUCUCUUAAGGAACUUUCCUUUCCUUUUGUAUAUUGUUGCUCAUCUCAGGGCUAUGCUGACUAUGUAAUGAUCACAUCUACUCAUGCCCAAGUUCUUAAGACCUAGCCAUUGAUUCAUCUUUAAUAGCUAUUCUCAAACACUCAAUGCCAUUGCUGACUACACAUCUAUUUCUACUUAAAAGUUUAGUGUAUUCUUUAAGAAGCACACUCAUGUCACUAACCUAAACUGAAGUUUUUAAAAAAAAAAAAAAAAACGAGUUCCUCAAAAGCAGGAAAGGGAUUUUGAGAAAACAUUGUACUGAAAAUGAAGACCCACACUGCUCUGGCUGUAAGUGGUUGUUGACUUUUUAGAUUAAGGAGGCCUCUGUUGCCAGAUUGAUACGAUCUUAACAGAAAAUAUACAAUAUCCAAUAUUGGAAAGUUAGUAUGUUUGUUCUGUUAUCUGGGUGUCUUACCUUUCUUAACUUCCCUAAAAUAGAACUAUCUUACUGUGGUUGCACUAAGAAUGCUUGUGUAACCAAAACAGGUUUAUCUUUCUAUUUUCUGUAAACAGACGUGAGCUAAGUCAGCUACUAUGGGACCAGGUAUUAUAGGGAGCCAGACAAGAAUCUCAGCUCUCACCUCCAUGGAGUCUACAUUGUUGUUUUAGCACUUGACUUUGUUCAUGAGAAUUUAUAUUCUGGGAGUGAUCAGCUAGCGUUCCAUCAAGAAAGGUGAGCAUUCUGGAGCGACCUCUUUGAGCCCUUCUGAAGAUUCCUGUUCUAUAUUCCUUUACAUCAUGUAUAUCAGGAAAUGGGCUCUCAUCUCUCAAGUGGGUGGCUUUCAAUGUUUGUGAAGUACCUGAAAUAUUUGGGGAUGUUUCCUUUCAUUAAAAACAGGCUAUGCACCUAGUAAGUGCCUUUACCUUUUAGCAUGGCAUUAAGGAUUAAAAUGAAAUCCUAAGGGGGUGGGCGGUGGCACACCUGGUUGAGUGCCCACACUAUAUUGCACAAGGAGGACCCGAGUUCAAGCCGCCCCCCCCCAGCCAUCCCCACCCCUACCACCAUGGGGGGUGGGGGAAGUGUCAGGACUGAUGAAAACAGUACUGCAGGUGCCUGUCUCUCCCUCUCUAUUUCCUCUUCCCCCUCAAUUUUUGACUAUCUUUUGGAGGGUUUUAUUUGCUCAGUAGACAGUUAACAAUUAUACCUUUACUGUUGCAUCUACUUGAGAAGAACUUUUAUGCAAGCUGAAGAAUUGAGAGAGACACAGAACUGAGAUUUUUACUGAAGAAAGCAGAUAGAAUGAAUUGGAUUGUGCUUUCUAAUAAUUGUGUCUAACAAUAAAAUAUUUAUUUGUAUAGCUUA